CUCGGUCGUCGCGGUUUUUGACUGGAUUCAGCAUCUAUUCGUGCACGCGGUUGCAAAACAGGUGUCACGGACGCACGACAGCUGCCUCCGCCUCGGCUUGCAGCGAGAUCCGCCGCCGCCGCGCCCGAUUUGAGCUGUAAUCACUGCCAAAGGCCAGCUGCGAUGCUCGAGGCCGUCCUCACUCUACUGGCAGCGGCCUGGGGCGCGGCCAUCCACCAACUCGUGCCGGCAGACCAACAACUCGCCGUCGGUGUCUUAGCAUUCAUCACUCUAGGAGCCGCGUACCUCUGCCAAAGCAAAACCAAAGAGUUAAGUGCCAUCGGCCCCGCUGUUGAUGAAGCCAAAGUAACCAAAAGGCCCUACCCUACGUAUGAUAUCUCCACGCCGGAAGCGAAGAAGGCGUCCUUCAAAGCGAUCAUCCCGAUCCUCAUCGACGAGGCCUGUGAGGAACUCGAGCAGUCCUAUGAAGUGCGACCGGACGAGGUGGCGUGGAUCCGGAAAGUUUUAGAUUACAACGUGACGGGGGGCAAGAUGAACCGAGGCUUGAUGGUCGUCGAGAGCGGCAUCUUGCUGUUUGGAGACCGUUGUACGAACGACGAUUUAUGCAGGUUCGCAGUUUUAGGCUGGGUCAUCGAGAUGCUGCAGGCCUGGUUGCUCAUUGCGGAUGAUAUUAUGGACUCGUCCGUGACGAGGCGGGGCCAGCCGUGCUGGUACAAGAAGGAUGGUCUCGGUGUCGCGGCUAUUAAUGAUGCUUUCUUGGUGGAGAUGCUCCUGUUCAAGGCCUUGCGGAGGCAUUUUGGGGAUCGGCCCGAAUAUUCCAGAUUAGUUGAUUUGGUCAUGGAGACGACUCUACAGACCGAGUUAGGACAGCUGUUGGAUAUCAAGUGCGACACCGCUCCUCUCUCAGCUUUUACGCUGGACCGGUGGACGGCCAUCGUCAAGUACAAGACGGCGUUCUAUUCCUUCUACCUGCCCGUGGCGAUGGCCAUGGUCUGCGUGCGCGGCUGCGUCCUUUGUACGUUACCACGGUGGCGCGCCAUCGCCGCGCCGACGAUCGCGUCGCGUUUUACCUGUCGACGGCGUCGCGCGCCGUCGAUGCGUUCGGGGCCGCGGCGACGGCGUCGCGCCGCGCCAUCGCCGCGCCGCGCCAUCGCCGCGCCGAUCAUGGCGUCGCGUCCCGCAGGCCGGCAUCGAAGAUAGAUCUGAAUAUGACGCUGCGCGCGAAAUAUUAGUCGUGAUGGGCGUCUACUUCCAAGCCCAAGAUGAUUUCCUGGACGCCUUCGGUUCGCAUGAACAGAUCGGGAAAAUAGGCACGGAUAUUCAAGAUAAAAAAUGCGGCUGGCUCUUCGUCAACGCGUACAACGGCAUGGUCGACGCCAAGGACAAGGCGUACCUCGACAAGCACUACGGGCAGCCCACGUGCAAAGUGGGCUCGAAGCCGGAGAAGGCGAUCAAGGAGAUCUACAGAAAGAUCGGCCUCGAGGCCAAGUAUCAAAAAUACGAGGAGGACAGCUACGCGCAGAUCAUGAGCCUCAAGGGCAGCGCGAAGCAGGUCCCGUGGGCCGUCUUCGAGACGUUCCUCAAGAAGGUCUACAAGCGGAAGAAGUGAGCUUUGUUUUCUCGGGGGGCGGCUAACGUGGGUUACCUUUACUCCGGCUCACGCAGACACGAGUACAACGCGGGGCGACCGACCGCCGCAUCGACGCGGUCGAGUAGACUUCUACUUACAGCGUAAAGGGGUAAAACAAGCAAGGCGAUCUAGUCGGCCGCGAUGGAGACGACGCAGUACUCGGGCGGCGGCACGGGCGGGUCGGCACCGGUCGGAUUGGCCAGGUCGCGGACCAGGACCUGUGCAUAAAUCAAAAUUUCACGGCGCCUUCGCGCUGAAUCGCCGCGUCGACCUCCACGCCAUCGACGCGACGCCUGCUCGAUAGCGUGGCGAUGUCGGUUCCUCACUGCUCGACGGAGCCAGCGCGGUGGCCACGUCAUCGCCGAGAAAUGACUUUGUGAACAAUUAUCGGGUGCACCCGACUCACUGGUUCACUGGUUGAUUUAUGCACAGACCAACGAAGCCAUCGACCUCG